GGGGCGGCGGUGGCGGGGAUGCGGAAAUGGCUUCUGACGUGCUAGGGAAACCUUGUGUGUAGCUGGUCCUGGUGAGCCCCUUCCUCUCAAACCUGGGAAUUUCUCCGGUAGGAAAACAGCCUCGUCCCUUUUCUUGGUAGCUUUCUUUCAUGCGCGGCUCAGGCUCCUUUGGGCGGCCGAACCAGGAAGGGAGAAGGAAGGAAGGAAGGAAAAGCUGAAGGUGUUGAAGGAGCAUCUCUCCCCACGUUUCUGGCGUUUGGCGAUUUAUUGUCUGCAUAAAGUUCCUCUCUUUUUUGAUGGAUCAGAGGACGUAGGCCACUGUUUUGGGUGCACUCUGGAAGAAUGUGUGGACGGACAGCUGUUACUCUGGGAGCAGAUCGUAUCCGCCGUGCCUGCGCUUAUCACAAUAAUCGAGGAGAAAGAAAGUAUCCUGAAUGGCAAAAUGCUGACAAAUACAGCCCUUCGUUCAAUAAGAGCCCACAAUCUAACAGUCCUGUGCUUCUCUCCCGGCAACAUUUUGAGAAGAAUGCCAAUUCUUCUGAGCGUAUCCUAGUAGCCAUGCGUUGGGGGCUAGUUCCAUCUUGGUUCAAGGAAGCUGACCCAUCUAAAAUGCAGUACAACACUUCCAAUUGUCGGAGUGAUACCAUGAUGGAGAAAUUCUGCUAUAAGGUACCUCUUUCAAAAGGUAAACGCUGUGUGGUGCUGGCCGAUGGCUACUAUGAAUGGCGACAACAUAAUGGACAAAAGCAGCCAUAUUUCAUUUACUUUGCCCAAACUGAGCAGGAAAUGUUCACCAAACCAGAAAUGGAAGAUGAGGUUGAAGAUUCAAAAGGGAGAAAGCUGCUUACCAUGGCUGGAAUUUUUGAUUGCUGGGAGCCCCAGAACGGAGCAGAACCAUUGUACAGUUACAGUAUCAUCACAGUAAACGCAUCUGAAUGUGUAAGAUCCAUCCAUCACAGAAUGCCAGCUAUUCUGGAUGGGGACGAAGCAGUUAAAAAAUGGCUUGACUUUGCAGAAAUACCUGCAGAAGCAGCCCUUCACCUUAUCCAGCCAACAGAAAACAUUGCCUUCCAUCCCGUGUCAACAAUAGUGAACAAUUCCCGAAAUAAUUCAUCAGAAUGCAUUUUACCUAUUGAAUUGGAUCCCCCAAAAAAUACUAAGAUUAAUGCAAGCAGCACAGUAAUGCUGAACUGGUUAAAAAACAAAGGCCCCAAGAAAAGCGAUAAGGAUGAAGACAGUUUACCAAAGUGGUCCAGCCAGUUCAUCCAGACAUCACCGUGUAAAAAAACUAGCAUGGACUUAAUGCACCAGUGGCUCAAAAAAGAUGGAGAACCUUCUGCAAAGCAACUGAAAAAACAGUGAUAAUUUGGUUCUAUUGCUUAUUACCAAAGAGGGUCUUAUGCGUUGAGUUAUUGCAAUAUUUAGAUCUCCUGAUUUAGAUUGUAAUACAGGUAUAAUCUAUAAAUAAAUUAUAAGACUUCAGAUAUGCUUCCUUCCUGAUGCCGAGUAGAUGGGCUUUGACAUUAAACACUUAGUUUCUUUUAUCUGAAACAAAUAGGAUAUAUAGAUGUUAAGUGCAGCAUUGACUUGACCUUGCCAAUUUUGAAAAGGCAAUAGCUUUUCAAAAUAUAUAAGAAGUGAAGGAUUUAAAGUUUUUUUUUCUCCUCCAAGGACAGAAGCAGAGAUUUGGUUUGUCAUGGUUACCAUCAUAGUAUUCAUUCAAUUCACUUUGUGGGUUGCUUCGUCUUUUAUGGAAAAAAAUAGGCCACUGUUAAUGCUGGAGAUUUCUUGCUGCACAGUGAGAAUGAUAAUUUAUUUUGGUCUGAAACCAGUUCAAAUGUUUGCCCUUUUUCAUCUGCUUUGGAAGAUGUGGAAUAUCAUCUGCAAGCAAUAUACAAAUAUAAUUCCUACUGGUUGAGAAGCUAUUCCAAACGGAUGUUGUUUCACUAAUUUGGAUUUACUAUACGUUCUAAACCUUUGAUAGUAUUGUUUAACAAAUUCAUCAAAGCUAUAAUGAUCAGGCCAGUAUUUUGAAUAGGUGGUAAGAGAAUAGCAAGGAAGAGAGAAAGAACUUUAGUCUUGUUUUUUGGGAAAGUGAAGAUAGGUAGUUGGCUGUAUUAAGGAUAACUGGAUAUUUAGGAAAAAAUGCAAGAUGGUAAACUAAAGCUUUAUAGGGUCAAGAGAGAAAGACAAAAUGUUAGCUGCUUAUGUGGAGUCACACUGGACUCAAGACAAGUGUUGCUAUUCAUCCUAAGAGACAUCAGGACUACUAUUAUCAAAAGGAUGGGUGAUUAAAAUGGUACUUCAGAAGAUAAAUCCAAAAUAGGCCUAAAAUUCAUGCAGAUGUAUAUUCUUCACAAAAUCCUGGGCCAAAAAGAGGGGAGAGUAUUUAAUUUUUUU